GGAGGGGCGCCGAGGAGCCGCUGCGGGGCGGGCGAAGGGAGCCGAGCCGUGAUGGAGCCGCGGCUGUGAGGUGCUUCCCCCGGCCCGGGCACCGCCUGUGGGCAGCCGCCGGGCCGAGGCCGGAGGACAUGGACAAACUGACCAUCAUCUCAGGAUGCCUCUUCCUGGCCGCGGACAUCUUCGCCAUCGCCAGCCUGGCCAACCCGGACUGGAUCAACACCGGCGAGUCGGCGGGUGCUCUCACCGUUGGCCUUGUGCGACAGUGUCAAACCAUCCACGGACGUGACAGGACCUGCAUUCCUCCCCGGUUGCCCCCGGAGUGGAUCACCACCUUAUUUUUCAUCAUCAUGGGCAUAAUUUCACUGACUGUCACGUGUGGCUUGUUAGUGGCUUCCCACUGGCGAAGAGAAGCGACCAAGUACGCCCGCUGGAUAGCGUUCACUGGAAUGAUCCUCUUCUGCAUGGCAGCCCUCAUAUUCCCAAUAGGUUUUUACAUCAACGAAGUGGGCGGCCAGCCUUAUAAACUGCCGAACAACACCGUGGUCGGGUCAUCCUACGUACUCUUUGUUUUAUCCAUUUUCUUUACGAUAGUUGGACUUCUAUUUGCUGGCAAAGUGUGCUUACCGGGCUGAUGACCGUCCACGUCAGCUUCACUUGAUCAUGAAGGAGAGCAGAGCGUCCGGCGCAUUCUCGGGAGGGUGCCUACGUCGGGCUGUCGCGGUCUUAUUAACAAGGAGGUCUCUGAUGUUGGUCUCGCUAUGCACUUUGAAUAUUUUUUAUUAAAAAGAGAGAGAGAGAGAUGGGGAGAGCCGUUCCCAUAAACCAAAUACAGCCAACUUUCACUCAUCCUCCUGAGCGCCUGGAAGAAGUCAGGCGUGCACUGUGAGAAGGAGCGAGCAGAGAAGGACACUCGACGACUGAGCAGGGGAGAAUUCUCGACCACGGAGCGAUGUCUCUCUUGCCCCCCACCAUCACUGGACUGUGUGCCAGUUUUUAAAUGUUUUGACAGUUUUGAAAGUCUCAAAAGAAAAAAGUAUUUAUGAACUUUGGUUGACCAGAGGUUUGCCAAGGGUGUUAAAGUGGGGCUGGCCCCACAGCUUAGUAGAUUAGCAUCUUCCUUCUGUGACAGGCAAAGAAGCGUUUGCCACCGGAAAAAAAAAAAGAGGUCAAUUUCAACUUAACUGCACCCUGAAGCCAAGAGAUCAAAAGAGGUUCUCGGAAAUCUGUUACAACAAAUUGCACACCUGCUGGUCUUCCCCCUGUCUGCCCCACAAGCUGUAAGAAACACACGGGGCGUAGGUGGAAAAAGGGGAAUCCUUCCUUACACACACACACACAUACGUAUAUAUGCAUACAUAUACGUAUUUUGCUGAUGCAGUAUACCAAAUGUGUAUACAUAUGUAUGUAUAUAUAUAUAUAUAUACGAACAAGCACCCUAAGAAAGCUUCUGGAAGAGAACUCCAAGCGCUUUGCUAGCAAAACACUAUGGUGUGCAAAACUUAAUAGGGAAAAAAAAGGAAAGGAAAACACACAUACACAAACACACAAAGCCAUUUCUUCUGAAGGCUGCCAAGCUGACAGGUCUUCAGUUUACCUCAAUUUUUGUAGCAGCCUUUGAUUUUAACAGGUCUCUUGUUUUUCUCCCUGUGCUAAGGUACAAACCCCAUGCCUUUCUCAGUGCAAUUUUCAGUUAAGCUAAAGUUUCUGUGAACGGUAAUUUAUUUGUGUGUUGCGGGGAAUCGAAGGCAACAUCCUGUCGUCAUCGCCCUCCAAGGUUAAACCCCACAGGUGGGAUGAUGCAGUCCAGGGGUGGCCAGCGGUAGCUCUCCAGAUGUUUUUUGCCUACAACUCCCAUCAGCCCCAGCCAGCAUGACCAAUGGCUGGGGCUGAUGGGAGUUGUAGGUAAAAAAACGUCUGGAGAGCUACCGUUGGCCACCCCUGAUGUAGUCCUUUAAACUGUGAGCAGCUGUUGUAUUCCUGGGAUGGGCAUCCUUUCCACCUCUCUCUCUCCCCUGGGCCUGGUUUUGGCUUUGCUCAUCACAUCAGUGUGAGUUUUUGCCACAGAAUAUCUGCCAGGGAGAGGCGGCUCUACUGGAUUGUAACUAGAGCUUGGGGAGAUUGCAGCACAAUGGGAAAGUAUUAAGUGAAAUCCAGUCUGGUCAUCUGGUGCCACUCCCCGUGUCUUGUCCCAGCAUACAGAAGUAUAACUGUGUUUUUACAGUUUGUAGCAUCAAAUGCCCUCUUGUAUUCACUUGGGAGCCCAGUAUUACUGAGUUAAAAUGCACCAGUCGCUAAAUGGAUGUGGCUUUGAUACUGUCGCAAAACAGAAGCUUUGGGCAGGGCCUUGAGGUUAUGAGGAACAGUGGCUGCCAUUCUUUUAGAAUUAAAUGAAAAUGGGUAGGUGGUCACCACUAGGUGCUUUUCAAUGCAACAGAGGGUGCAUUGCCAUCACCCUGAGGGCAUCCACCAACAGCAGCAAGGUAAUUUGUGCUGGGAUUCUCCCGUGUGUCGUAGGAGUACUGUGAGGUGGGUUGCCUGGAGCCAGUGCCGUAAUUGGCGCAGAGCAGAAAGGGUCUUCCAACAUGGAGAUAAAUCCCCGACAAAGGCCAACAUCUACUGAUGUGUUUUUUUCUCUCCCCACCCCUCCCACCUUGGUUCUGAAGUUUAGGAUUCUCCAUGGUGGAUGAAUGGGGUGCAUUUUGUAAGUGAUCUGCAAAUCAUGCUAACUUUCCCAUCACAGUGUUAAUGAAAGGGACUAACUUGGCAAUGUUGUCAGAUUUUUCUUCUGUCGAAUUCAUGGUUGAUUCUCUCUGGUGUUGUUUUGUUUUUGUUUUCUGUUUGUCCAAGCAAGAACUCAUGAACACUUCUGUAUUCUCGUCGCUUUCUGCAAAUCCACUCCUCCCCUGGGCUUUCUGGUUUAGGUUCAAAUGAUUUUCAGAUUUGUAUCUUGCUGGGGUGCAAUGGGUGGGGAUUGGGACUUGGCAGAAAAUCCCUCCAAGUGCUUUGAGGAGCUACAGAGCAUUCUUGAGAUUUAAUUAGUCUUCCCCCCACCCCUACCCCAAGGACUGAUACUUAACACUGAGCAAUGUGACUGAGUUCUCGCUUUGGGUGCCCUAAGGGGACAGUCCUGAACUGACCGUAGCUUUAACAUAUUUUGAUAAAAAUGACUACUACUUCAAAAGGCUUGUUGUAAAUAGUACCAUGGGAUAAUUUUGGAGCUGGGGCAGUCUCAGUUACGUUCCCCUUCUGGUUCUGCUAGUCAGCCUGGCUCAGUUGUUGCCGGUGUUUGCAUUAUUCCUAGCUGCUUGGCCCACAGAAAUGAGACUGAGGAAGCAUCCGUAAUCACUUUACCCACAUCACUUGCUUGAUUUUUGCAGGCCAGGCUGCUUUGGAAACCACAGGAGAAAGGCCAAGAAAGAGAAUUUGGCAACACUACUCUUCUUACCCCAAUUAAUUGUAUGGCCCAGGUGCUCUUUGCAAUUAGGAUGCAGAGCUUUUGCAGUAGCAGAAAGGCACAUGGAGUUUUGGCUGGGCUGGUUGCCCUAAAGCUCAGUUCCAUCUCUUUUUGCCCCAACUCCCAUCCCCAGCCUGCCUUCCUCUGCAUCCCCCUCCCCUUUGUCUGCGUCUAGCAAAAGUACGUUUCACUACUACAAAGGAGGAGGGAGGUCUUGUGCUUCUGACGGAACAAUCAUUGAAAGUUCAUCCACCCUGAUAGGAUGGUGCUGCUGGUGCCACACAGUAACCAAAGUAGUUGCUGGGUCAGUUAUGAUGGUUGCAAAGGUCAUGCUGCAGCACAGUCCACAAAUGCAUUAGGUGUUCUGAUUCUUUCUCCCCCCCCCCCUUCCCUUAAGAUAACACAGAAGAAAAUAUCUUCCACUGCAUUAAAUCAUCUACUACUAAAACUUUUUAAAAAUCCUACCAGCAGAUUGUUCAGAUUUAAUGGGGGAAAGCAUAGAGGAGUCCAUGACACUUUCCUGAACCUGACCAGUUUGUAAUCAAUUGUAGCUCUCUAGAACACUAAGUAAGGAGACUUGUCCCAAUGCAUCCCAGGUGGUGGGAUGGCUGCAAAGGCUUCAGCUCACUUGGGAUUUGAUGAAUGGUGGAGCUUCACAAAAUGCAACUGAGAUGACCCCUCCUUUUCCGCCGGAGAGAUCUGAAAGUGCGCAUCAUUCUCAAAUUAUAAAGUGGAAUUUUUUUAGAAAUGGGAGAGGGAUGGGCAACUCCCGGGUUACGUGGGGAGCCUCGAUAAAUGAAGGCCUGUUUGAAGCGCAAGCGCUUGAUUCUUCCCAACCAUUAGACCAGCAAGUGGCGGUCCCGAGUUUUAAAUCCGGUUCUGAGUUUUAAAUUGUAACGGAAAGUCCCUAGAGAACAAAACCAAGCAACUCCAGGGUAAUGGAUUUGCUGAACAAUGAGCCAAAGGAAACUGAGAAGGAGCAGGAUUGAACCCACCUCCCCAGUUGCUUGUUGAACUGUUUAUGGGAAGAGCCACAACGAAGCCAGAAUCAGUCAAGAAAUAAGGAUUUCUAUAUCAUGUGGGCAUCGAAUUAAUGGGGAUUGAAUCCUCUCUUGGUCCAAUUGAGGUAUUUAUGGUCUCUUAGAAGGGGGCGGGGGAGGAAGGUGCCACAGAGAUUUUUCUACUCCAUGGUGUAAUUGUUAAUGCCCUCUGGUCCAAUAUAUGCAAGGAAGGUUUGGUGUUUGACCACCCUCCCUCAGGACAUGGUUUAGUAUAAACUGGGAGAAAAAAUUGCCCAAAAGCUGCACCAAGAAGGGGGCGGGGGGGGAGCACUUUAUGGUGACUUCUUCCAGUAAUCACUUAAAACUAAGUUGGGACAUGCGAAAGAAGGAGCUCUGUGUAUAUCCAGUCUAGGAGUAAAAGUUUAACUUGUCCACAAACUUUUUUUUUUUUUUGGUGGGGGGGAUAUAUUUUUAGCUGGCAAAAUGCAUAGAAAUGUGGUGCUUUCACUCUGUAUGGUUUAAACUAGAAGCUUGGAGUGGGGGGAGAGGAAGAAUGCUUGUCAUUAAAAAGAGGUGGAAGAAAAGGUCAACGGUUUGCUUUUGAAAUAAGGUCACAAAAAAAGCACAGUAUUGAUUCAUAUCAGAAAGAUCAUUAUCGUGUAAACUGUAUAUAAAGCAGUUUUUUAAUGGUGCGAUUGUCAGCCUUCUGUCCGAUACUCCCAAUUUCCGACGUGCGUUUCUUUUCCCCACCUAGGAGCAUCGCAGUCAACAUCUGCGGACUGUUAUGUCACUCCGGUUUGCACAAAGAAUUCCUUUUUAGAAAAACCGAGGGCUCUCAUGCCUGGGCCCCUUCAAUUCAGUUCUCUCUGUGUGUCUGUGUGCACAACCCUUUGCCCAAGAAAACCCACAGAAGGCCUUUUGCAGUCUUGCCAGCUUUAUUGAUACCUGGGGCUGCUGAUCUGUAUACACUUCUACUCUGCUGCUGUUUCUCUCAUGGCUGGAAGUUUUGAGAUCGCAGGUGCCUGAGUGUAUAACAUUUUUUUUUUGUUAUCGUCCAUGUUUUUUGGUGAACGGAAGUUUGUUUCCUACAGUCACUUUAACAGGCCUAUGGCGAAUGUUCCUUGCCUCUGUGACCGUGUUUUAUUUGAGCAGCAACAGCUUCCUUUCCUGUUGUAGGUGUUUGCAAUGUGACUUCUCUGAGUGCAAGUCUAAGGUCUCGCUUCCUACACUUCCUGUUUUUACUCGCCUGUUGCCAUACAAACCUCCCUUUUUUUGUGGGAAUGGGUUGGGGUGAGGCCUAAUUCUGCCAGUUAACACCCAUAGAAGAUGUAGAGAUCAUGUAAGUAUCUUCUUCGGAUGUAAGACGUAUCAGAAUAAUUUUGCGUUAAUUCUUUCUAAACACAUAGUAGAGCUCUGCUUCCCCCCACCCCCACGAAGGAAUGCAUUUCAAUUGCAGUUUGUCUGGCUUUUUAAUAAUUUAAAAAAAACUUGUGAAGGAUGGGAAACAGAAGAUGAAGGAAAUUUUCAUUUUUAGAAACGGUUUCGCUGCCCUGGGAGUUGCUAGUGGUAUCCCUACUCAAGAGAUCUGAGUUCAAAAUAUUGUGUGUAUGUGGGGUUUUUUUUUCUUUCUACACUCUUCCCCCUGCCUCGGCCAGCAAUUUUAAGAGAAUUUCUUUUCUAAUUGGUUAGGGCUUCCCCCCCCCCCCCCAUGUUUCAAUUAAUUUCCAAAACAAAUUGUUAAUACAAACUGUACAAAUCAGACAUAAUUUUCUUCACUUGUAUUUUUGUUAUUGAACAAGUUUAUCGAAAAAAUAAAAUAAAUUGUCUACUUAAA